AUGAAGCUGGACUUGGGCAGCCUCAAGCAGGUGAAGGAGUUCGCCACAAACUUCAAGGCAAAGCAAUUGCCCUUACACAUUCUCAUGAACAGCGCCGGGGUGAUGGCCAACCCUUUUGGCCUGACAGUCGACAAGCUGGAGAGUCAGUUCGCUACAAAUCAUUUGGGCCACUUCCUGCUUACAAAGCUCUUGCUGCCAGAGCUGGAGGCAUCAGCGCCUGCACGAGUUGUGACCGUCACAUCGGCAGCAGCUUUCAUACCAGAAAUGUUGGCCCAAUUUGAGAGGUUUGGACUGGCGAACGCAGCCCCUGCCGUGGAUUUUGACAAAUUGGGGCAGGACUACGAAGCUGACUACAGCCCGUUCAAGGCAUACGGUCGAUCCAAGCUUGCAAACGUUCUGUUCACUCGUGCACUGGAUCGGCGGCUGUCGGGCAAGAAGAUUUAUGCGAACACCUGCCAUCCUGGCGGCAUCAAGACGAACCUGGGAAGACAUGUCCAGAAAUCUACAGAGGACAGCAUCGGCCAAGAUUUGACGUAUGUCCUCGUAGAUUAUUUGCAGCAGCUUGUCAUGCUGACACCUCCUCGUGGUGCCAUAACGCAACUCUACCUUGCGACGUCUCCAGACAUCGAAGAUAAAGGUAUCCGUGGACAGUACUACCGUCCACAGGCACUGCGCAGAGAUCCUCCAAGUUUUUCCACGGAGGAGCUAGAAGAGAGACUGUGGUCCAUCUCCGAGAAGUUAGUUUCUCAGCAUUUCAUCUUCGCACAGUCUGAGCCGCGGCUUUUCCUCAGCUUGUGCAACCAGGAUGCAGCUGCAGCUACACGCAUUCUGGGCAACACCUCUGGCAUCGUAGGUCUGCUGAGUUUGGUGGUGAACCAAGCUGGUGGCAAACUCUCGGACCGCAUAGGACGCAAGCCUGGAUUCCUAGUCGGCCCACUUAGCAACAUACUGUUGGGAUGGUGUGUCUUCAAGAAUGCCAACAGCCGAUGGGUGGUUGCUGUCUGCCGGAUUCUCCGGUUGAUAUUGACAACCUUCUCCAACACGGUGAUGUGUAAUGCGGCCUUGGCAGAUGUAUGCUCCAGCAAUGAGCUGGCGCUGGCAAUGUCUCGAAUACAGACCGCAACUGGACUCGCGAUGCUUCUGACGCCGUUCAUUGAAGGGAGGAUUCUGCUCUUGUCACCCUCAUCGCCGGCAGGCAUUAGGUAUGUGUAUGCUGCAAUGGCCGCAAUUGCAGCUGUCCAUACAGGGUUCGUGGCAUCACAGCUGGAGGAAACCUUGGAUUCGACCAAGAGAACGACCACACAACUGACCUUGUCAGUGAUCAACCCGUUUGGUUUUCUUCGUCUUUUCGCUGAAGGUUCAAAGGUGCUUCAAAAACUGGUAGUCAUCACAACGCUGCAAAUGUUUCUCGAGGGCAAGAACCUCAGCGAUGUUAUACAGACCUGGAUACGAGAUCACCUCAAGUGGUCCGUGACGCAGGUACGGAACUUCAUUGUGGGGUAUGGUCUUCUGUGCACGGCAACGGGUGCAUCAGCUACACCGUGGAUGCUGCGAAACUUGAGUGCGAGAGGAUUUACCACAGCUACCAAUCUUCUGAAUGCAGCUGCGUUUGGAUUGCGUGGGCUUGCUCCCAGCUCCCUGCUCUUCCUCACCAUGAUGGUACCAAUGCUUCCUGGUGUCAAUGGGGCAAGUGCUACCGCACUCAAAGCAGUGGCACAAGACAUUGCUACCAGUCAGGGCUUCGGCAAAGGUGAAUUCUCAGCUUGG